CCCCCUCCCCGCUUUCCCUUCCCUGGCCGUCUCCCCCUCCCUCCCUCCCCGCCCACCCACCCAUCUCGCGCUCGCUAGCUAGCUCGCGCACCGAGAUUUCUUGCCUGCUCGGUCCGCGCUUCUCUUCCUGCUCUGCGUGCCGGCAGGUCCAUCGGUCGGUCGAUUCGAUCCGGGUGCCGGGGCCCGAGGUGUGCCGAGGCGGAGGCUUUGCCUGGUUGGAUUUGUUGUUUGAUCGGUUGGUUGAUUCGGUUGUUAGGCUGGUUGGUUGGUUGGUUGAGGGUAUGUCCACGGCGGUGGCGGCGGGGGUGUCGCCGGCGCACGGCGGGUUCAGGCGGUCGGGGAGCGGGAAGCCGGAUCCGGAGGAGGCGGACAGGAUGAGGAACGCCAACGGGUUCUUCUCCGUCCCAGACGAGGAGGAGGAGGAAGAAGAGGAAGAGCAUGAGCAUGGCGAAGCGGCAGCGGCGGCGAGGAGGGAGGAGGACGAGGAGGAGGAGGAGGAAGGGGCGCUGUCGGAGGCCUCGUCGAUCGGGGCGGCGUCGUCCGACAGCUCCUCUAUCGGGGAGAACUCCGCGUCCGACAAGGAGGAGGAUGAAGACGAGGAGGAGGUGGAGAGCAAGGUGCAGGGGCUCGGCAUGAUGGGGCUGGCCACGCUCGAGUCCUUGGAGGAUGCUCUGCCCACCAAGCGGGGCCUGUCCAACUUCUACGCGGGCAAGUCCAAGUCGUUCACGAGCCUGGCGGAGGCGGCGGCGACGGCGGCCGCCAAGGAGAUCGCCAAGCCGGAGAACCCGUUCAACAAGCGCCGCCGGGUGCUGCAGGCGUGGUCGCGGCGCCGGGCGUCGUGCAGCGCGCUGGCCACCACGUACCUGCCGCCGCUGCUGGCCCCGGACCACGCCGUGGUGGAGGAGGACGACGAGGAGGGCGCGGACGACGAGGACGACGACGAGGACGAGGAGCCCAAAGGCGGGCUCAGGAGCAGGAGGCCGCCCACGUUCCCGUCCCCGCGGCUGAGCGUGCACGCCACCGCCGCAGGCGGCCAGGGCCAGAUGGGGAGGAACAGCUCGUUUAGGUCGCCGAGGUCCUUCUCCAUGACGGAUCUCCACAGCGCCGGCUACGAGUAGCCACUGGCCAGCAGCCAAGAUUUAGAGCAGAGCCUCUCUCUGGUUCUUCCUCCUCCCUCCCUCCCUUCCCCGUCUGUUGAUGCCGUAGGUGUGAGAGGUGCUGUUACUGGUAAUGCUGCCACUGGUGCUAUAUAAUCAUCGCCAGUCAUCAAUCAAGAUACAUAUAAAGAAGAGACUCCAUUUCUUGUGCUCGCUACCGUGUCGGCAUGAAUUGUGCUGAUGUUUCUGAAUGUCGCAUGAACACUGCUCUGUCAGUCUGCCUGAAUGUCGCAUGAACAUUGUUGUCUGAACAAACCAGCUCAAGCAGCAUCAGGAUUUCAA